AUAUACUGUUUAAAGACAUGUGAAUUUAAAAAAUAUAUAAGAAUGACACAAGUGUCGCUGUUUCACACGAAUAUUUUAGACGCCGGACAAGCACAACCCGUAUGUAAACAACUGUAGCAAAAUGGCGGCGCCCUUGAUUAGGUUCUUCGGAAAGGCGAGCAGGCAGCUGGCACAGCCGUGGGCUUCAUGUCGGCCGCUUGUGCGCCACGUCUCCUCUCCAGCAGCCGGAUUUCCUCCUUUACAGACGUACUCGGAGGAUGAGGCCAUGAUGAGGGAGACGGUGAAGAAGUAUGCUCAGGAGCGCAUCGCUCCGUUUGUGUCUAAGAUGGAUGAAAACUCUGCGAUGGAGCCGGAAGUGAUCAGCUCUCUGUUUGAGCAGGGGUUGAUGGGGAUCGAGAUAAGCACGGAGUAUGGCGGUUCAGGCUCCUCCUUCUUCACCUCCAUCCUGGUGAUCGAGGAGCUAGCGAAGGUGGACCCGUCCAUAUCAGUGAUGUGUGACGUCCAGAACACGCUGAUCAACACGCUGGUGAUGAACCUGGGCACCGAGGAGCAGAAAGAGAAAUAUCUCCCUCGCCUCGCCUCCGACAUGCUUGCGAGUUUUUGUUUAUCUGAGGCCGGCUCUGGGAGCGACGCUUUCUCUCUGAAGACCACAGCGGAGAAACGCGGAGAUCAUUACAUCAUUAACGGAUCAAAGAUGUGGAUCACCAACGCCGAGCACGCUGGAGUGUUUCUGGUCAUGGCUAAUGCAGAUCACUCAGCCGGUUACAGAGGGAUCACAUGCUUCAUCCUGGAUCGAGACACUGAGGGGCUUCACAUCGGCAAAAAGGAGAACAAACUGGGGCUGAGAGCUUCGUCUACCUGCCCACUCACCUUCGAUAAUGUCAAGGUGAGUGAGAAGAACGUCCUGGGUGAAGUGGGUCAGGGAUAUAAAUACGCCAUCGGGAUGCUGAACGAGGGCAGGAUCGGUAUCGCGGCGCAGAUGCUGGGUUUAGCUCAGGGCUGUUUCGAUCACGCCGUUCCCUACACCAGGCAGAGGGUCCAGUUCGGAAAGCGCAUCUUUGACUUCCAGGCGAUGCAGCAUCAGAUUUCUCACGUGGCGACUCAGCUGGAGGCGGCGAGGCUGCUGACCUACAACGCAGCGAGGCUGAGGGAGGCGGGACGACCUUUCAUUAAAGAGGCCUGCAUGGCCAAGUACUUCUCCUCAGAGGUGGCGACAUUAACCACAUCGAAGUGUAUGGAGUGGAUGGGAGGCGUCGGCUUCACCAAGGACUAUCCUAUAGAGAAAUACUACAGAGACUGUAAGAUAGGAACCAUCUAUGAGGGAACAACCAACAUUCAGCUGAGCACUAUAGCAAAGUACAUCGGGCAGGAGUACGACUCCUGAACACACACACACACACACACACACACACACACACACACACACACACACUGCCAGACUGUAAAAAUCUCAGGAUUUUGAUCCAUCUGAAGAGAGUAAUGCUCAAUCCUGCUUGACCUUUGUAUCUAGAGUGAAAUAUUUGACUUCAUCCUGUGGAGUCAUAUUUCUGCUCAAACACAAAGUGUGUGUGUGUGUGUGUGUGUGUGUAUGUGUGUAUAGAUUUGUCAAAUAAUUUUUUUCCGUUAAUGUGUGAAAAAAUGACGUCUUUGCAAGCAAAUAAUUAAUAUACACAAAUCUAUCUGUAUUUCUUAUUAGGGAAUUAUAAUAAUAUAAUUAUAUAAUUAUUUAUAUUAUAAAAAUAUAAAUCACAUGAUUAUUACACUUAUCUGAGACAAUUCCACUUAAAAUGAAUAAAUAUAUAUAUAUAUAUAUAUAUAUAUAUAUAUCUAAAAAUAAGUUUAAUAAUGUAACAAUUUAACAAGAAUGUCAGAUAUAUUUGCAUAUGUGGAAGAUGUCUUAAUUUGUUAUUUGUAAAAUAUAUACCUUUGUCCUGAGGCUGAUUAAAUACUGAAGCGUUUGUGCGACUAACGAACGUCUUUUUUUUUUUUUUUGGAUUAAAAUAGCUCAUUUUCAUUUUCUCAUUUCGGUUUUGUCCAUUUCUAGCAUUUUUAUGUGAAUCGGUUUCUGAAAAAAUUUACUCACGCUGGGUUUCUGUGACCAGAGGAGAAUAAACCAGAGGAGAAAAGGUUACAAUUAUUUACAUAUUUUUUGUCCAAAUUGUUUUUUUUUUUAGUUUAAAGGAACAUUUCAGUCUAAAUGAAAUAAACACAGUGUUUGUUUAUUAAUGUUUUAGCCCACAAGUCAUGCUCGCUGAUAGCUACCAGUUUAGCUUUGAGAUCCAAAGUGUCUAGACUGAUUUAUAUGUAGCUGUAACAUGGUUGUGAGUUUGUAGGGCUUUGUUACUGACCCAGAAAAAAAAACAUAAUUAUAACGAUGAAGCUGAAUCCAAGUUGAGAGUAAGUGAUUGUGAGCUGAUUAACUCUGUAAAUGAAUAUAAUUCAGUGUCUUUGUAACAGAGUUUAUAAAUUCACUGCAGUAAUAACAGGUUAUUAUGACUCCUGUAUCAUCAUCAUAUCACAUGUUCUGAAUUUCUGUAAAUAAAUAAAACUUGUGAUUUGUC